AAACAGCUGCCUGAUAUUGCGCAUCUCCAAUCACGUUUACGUAAAUCCAAAAAUAUUGGAGGUCCAAAAUGUCUAGGAAUUUGUUUUUAUCAAUUACAAACUUCAUCAGGAACGUGGAGCGCCUGUUCCUGCCACAUGGAGGACAUCCGCCAGCGCUGGCAAUAGCCGGUUUUCAGCACGAGCACAGCCAGAAAACCUCCCCGGAGUUCAGUUUGAAGCAGCUCAUCGGCGAUGGAAUGCUGUGGGCCGUUCCAAAACACAGGAGAUCUGUGGAGAAACGCUUGAAACGCAAGUUUGGCUACCCAGAAUACAACUGGAAGCCGCUGAGGGAGAAGAGGAACAUCCGGUCCUGCUUGCAAUGCGGUCAUGACUACGAAAUGGGGGUCCUAUGUCCCUUCUGCUACCAAAAGGUCCUGAAGGAAACAGAGCUCAUGCAGUCCAAAAUCCAGGAAACACUGGGCUUACAGCCAGUGGAUAAAGAGGUCAUUGUUCUCUACGAAGGCGAAAAGGCAGAGCAGUCUUCGGAUGAUCUGAAAAACAAGCGCAUCGUGGAGAUGAAGAAGCCCCGACCCAUGUGGUUCACCAAGAAUCUGCUCCAGAAAUCCACGCAGCAACUGUCCGAAACCAAGGAGGUCAAGCCCUCGGAUUUGGCCUAGAUAUUAAGCCUCCUUUGUGCAUUAAAUCACCAACUUUGUUAUCAA